AGUAGAUUUGACACUCAUCCAAGAUGGCCGCCUGUAACGCAAAAAGUCUUCGAACUCUGGACCUCGACAAUCUUACGGAAAACAGGUGUUAACCGUGACGGUUAACAGUAUAUAAACGAAGAGCUAUUCAUGAGCAAUAGUAAACCUGUGGUGGUAAACUCGUACUCGUCUUCGAAUCAUUAUGUCUUUCAACUUCAACAAAUUAUCAGUCACUUCUGUUGACUGCAAAGGAAAGCGCGUUUUGAUGCGGUAAGCCAUACUUUUAGUUGAUGUCUACUGCAGCCCAUUGUCGGAAACUGGAUUAGUCAGCUAAGUCAUUUUUGAUUCUCUCGUGACUGGCUUGCAAUAGUUUGUCAUGUGACCAACUUUCCUGUAAACACUAAAACAGGUAGCUUUGGGAAAAUGAUGUUAGCAAGAACUGAAAGAGCAUAUUCAAAUUAGGUAACCUGUGAAUUUGCAGCCAUAUAUCUCACUAGUAGUGAUUGCAAUGGCCGCCAAAAAUGACAAGGAUUUGUGUGGGAAAAGCAACUGUUACCACCCAUGCCAGUCACGGUUGAGUGGUUUUCCAUACAUUACAAAUCCAUGUAAGUUUUACCGUCAAACCGGGAAAAACGUGAACACCAGAAACAUUUCUGGAUUGUUAUUGUGUUGCAAGAAAAAAGCCAGUCAGGCAUGAGAAAACUAAACCACAAGCAAGACCGUUAAUUAAUUUGUGGUUUUGUGGCUAGUUUGCGUGUCCUUGCAGUGAUUGGUCAGAACACAAUGAACAUUCCUGAGAUAUUACAAGUGUUCACGGUUUUCCUGGGCACGCUGAAAAAUGUUCAAAUAUGUUGUGGUAAAACAUUUCCUUAAGCAUUAUGGGGCUCAAAUUUUCUUUUGCUUGUAACAACAGUACAAUAUUUAUAUUGUGCCCUGUAAUGUGUUUACAAAGGAAAUAUUUAACAACAGUUUGAAAAUGUUAAAAUUUAUAAGGAUUUGUAAGAGGGUCGUACAGGCUAUUUUCGUGAUACGUACUGUGUACCUGUUUUUAUUUUUUCUUGAAUGGUGAAUUUAUUAUUCGUGUUCUGUGACCAAAUGGUUGUCCGUGCCCCAAGAAAAGCUUGAAUUAUUAUCAAUAUUUGUGAUAUUAUUUCUUAUUUCCCCCUGAUUUUCAGUUUUGAGACCUCUGGGAGAUAAAUAAAGAAAAUGAAAGCAUCAAAUGAGAAUGAUGAAUUGCGGUCUUGCUUUUUCUUUUCGCCACUUUCAAGCUGUUUUUCAGGCACUCUUUUAGCACUUUUUUCUUUGCGUAAGAACAAGAUAAAAAACGGUAGUUUAGAUGCUGAUUAUGUGACUUGAAAACUGAAAUGAAGGUCUGUGAUUCGUGAUUAGUUACCAUUUUGGUCCAUGAACUAUGCCAGAGAGCCCCCGUGUAUGACCCUCUGGUAAUGAAAACCACUCAACCAUGACUGGACAGCAAGAGUUAUUUUUUCCAAUACAAAUCCUUCUAAUUUUUUGGCAGCCACUGCAAUCGCUCUGGAUCAUUGGAUACACCAAUAUAAGGCGUCAUCAAACAGUGCUAUGGUUGUAGUUACCACUGAAAAGAACAGAAGGCUCAGUUGCAUUUGAAGUGAUUGGUACUAAUUUUGAUAGCCCGGUAAAAUACCUCAAGUCUUUGUAAAAAAAUGGAAAAGCCUAUCUUUUCUUGUUAACAUGCAGUUUUAGAGCCUUGUAAUUAAGUUGAUUUUGUGAGAGCGCGAUAUAUUAAAUUUAUGUUUGAUUGUUAUGUUGCUCUCCUUUGGGUGAGCCGAUACCGUUAAUUAACAUUCUGGACGUGAACUUUUAAGAAGUGUGGGUCAUUUAAUCUCUUCACCAUAGCAAGUGGCAGUUUUGGGUUCACUUGAGAUAUUGGUAAUAUCUAAUGCCAUUUGAAAAUGUGAAAUACUUUUUAGAAAUCUUACAGAUAUUGUUGGACUAUUUCUUGUUUGCAGUGUUGACUUUAAUGUACCACUCAACAAGGGGAAAAAGGUUGCAAACAACCAAAGGUAUAAAAUCUUGUAAGAAAGUGCAGAUGUGCAUUGAGUUGUGUACCAGGGUUUGAAGGGUACUCCGGAUUUCAAGUGACAGGGAUGAUCAAAGGACUUUUUUGGGUUUGAAAUUUUCAAUUUUGGGAUUUUUUCAGGAAGGAAAAUUUUGGCAAGUUAUUUUUUGGGUAGCUUGAUUUAAGUGAGGAUUUUUUGGGGUAUUCAAAACUAAUGUUUGUAUUUUUCGUGUUAUAUCAUUUUACACUUUCUGGAAAUUUUUAUGGCUUGGAAAUUCAGCUUGGGAUAUUUUUGGUGUUAAAUUUUGGUUCAGGGAUUUUUUUGGGUUUUGUUGGAAGCCCCAGGGAUUUUUGGGUAACUUUUAAUGCGUACUUGUACUUGCCAAUUGGGCAAGGGUCUAGACAACUCAUCCUCUAAUUCAUUAUUUUUUUUUUGAGCCCUGCCCUUACCCCUCAAAAUAGUUCUUGGAUUGGCAAACUCUCAAAAAACCCUGUGUUUAUUCCAUUCUUAAGGAAUCAUAAUUAUUAAUUAAGUAAUUUCUUAAAUCACUCAUGGGAAUGUAUUAAUUUUUUUUAUAAAUAAUAUUUUAUUUUUCUUCGUUGUUCAUCUUUUUUCAAAUAACUCAAAAACUCUGACUGCUGGUAUGCAAAUGGCUAGAGGGUAUUACAUCUGCCAUUUCUGUCAGAAUAAUUUGUUAAUUAUUACAAUUUUUUUUAGCUAAUUUCAAUUAGUGUUAGCUUUAUGUUUGUAGAGCCCUUUGUAGAAUGAAGUCAGAAAUUUAUUAAUAACACUGUCUGGCUUGUACACUAUUGAAGAGUGAAAAUAUGAAAUAAUUUACAACAUUAGUCUGCAUAUUCUAAUGUUGAAGGAUUGUAGCUGCCCUGCAGAGUAUCCUUUAUUGCCUGGAUAGUGGUGCUCAGAGUGUGGUAUUGAUGAGCCAUAUGGGCCGGCCUGGUGGCAAAAGAGUCGAGGAAUAUUCAUUGGCCCCUGUUGCUGAUGAACUAAAGAAAUUAUUACAAAGGUGUGAUCCAAAUUUUUGACUUAGUUAUUUGCAUGAAUGAUCUCUUUGAUUUUUAACUUUUAAACUUACUUAUAAUAAUUUAAUGUAACUUUUAUUUUUUAUGUAUGCAGGGAUGUGACAUUUCUUCCUGACUGUGUUGGCCCUGAAGUAGAGGAAGCAUGUAAAAACCCAAGCUCCGGUAUGCAAUAACUUAGAAGAGGGUGGGGCAAUUUUAAAGAACACUGAGCAGUAAAUAUAGCUACUGAAGGUAAAAAAAACUGGUUGACAGUUGAUGAGGGUGUUGCCUAACAGUUGCAUUAGCAGAUAGAGUGCCAGUCUCUCUCAGUAAUGGUGGACCCUUGUUCCCUGUGAUCGUAAUAAUGAAGAGGUUUGUAGAGAAUGGCCCUAGGUGACUCCUGAUCUUAUGCCAAAUUCUCCAUUUGAUUUGCACGGAUGCACAAGGAGAUGGGAAGGAAAGAAUCUUUGAGUUAAUCAAAAAUCUUUUGGGGAAUAAAUCCAGACAACCCCUUUACUGUGCAUACUGUAUAACCCUUUAAGCUCCAAUAGUGACCCACAUCCAAUUUCUCCCAACAGUCAACACUCCCUGAUCAAACAGACAGGUCAUGAGAAUUAAUGAAAUGAUCACUAAAGAUGAAAUGUUGUGAUGUUAGAACAAAUUCUCUCAAGCAGUACCAUAAGGAAUGUAUGAAGAACAGUGUGGAGAAGAUGCAUAUUGAUGUUGGGGCUUCAUUUUUAACCAUUUAAAACUUUGCAUUCCUUUUAUUAAAUUUUAUCAUGAAGGCUCAGUGAUCUUGCUGGAAAACCUACGUUUCCACAUUGAGGAGGAAGGCAAAGGUGUUGAUAGUGAAGGAAACAAGGUACUUAACUCAGCUCAGAUCAAAGCAAUGCACUCCGAGGUGCUUCUUUAACAGACACUGUUGUGAGUGUGUACUGCUAAUCCUUUUUUAAGCCAUCCUAUGCAUAAACAGUAUUUUCAAGGUUUUCAAGAAUAGAAAAUUAUAGCUGUUAGUACAAUAGCCAUUGGGACGAGAAGUCUUGGCUGGAUGGAGGAGCAUGCCAUGGUUUUGGAAGCCAUUAUCCUGACGGGUAGGCAACCACAUGAGAAAUUACAGUGUUUGUGUGAGAAUCUAAUGUUGAAUACUUUCCGUAAAAUGGCUGUUCUAAAGAAAUAUGAAUUGUAACUAUAGCUUCACUCCUAAGGAUUCUAAACUAAAAAUACUGAGGGCAUUUAACCUAUGCUAGGACUCUUUUUUAACUUUUCCAUACAUUUGUCUGUAAAAAUUUUAUACCUCCUGACUAAAAUUUCCUGGGAAGAAUUGCAGACAAAUUUAUGGAAAAAGGAAGAAAGUGCCUGGAGAAAUUUAAGCACAGACAUGGCCCCCAAAAUUUGUUAGUAGAAUCCUUUACUGUGUGUAGCUUUAGUUUACGAUUCCUACUUUCUUCAGAACAGCUGUUCUACAAAACACAACAAGAUGGCUUCCUAAACCCGUGAUAAGGUCUAUUUGAUUUGAAUAUUUAGAAUAGAUCCUUCCAUGGUUUUUUCAAUUUUUCACUUGGACCAUUUAGGGAAAAUCUCUCGACACCAAUAGAAAGGCUAGAGCACCUUAAAAUUAGUAAAAUUGCCAAAUUUGAAAGUGAUACAUCUUAUUAUAAUGAGCAAAGAUAUAGCUCUGCAAAGUUAAGAAAAUUUACAAAGUUGUUUGGUGGGGGAGCAAGUUUGUGCCCCACACCAUACAAACGUCUGCAAAAUUUGGUGACUUAUACUACUACAUGAGAAAUUUCUGCAAUUUGAUUGGCUUAGAGCAGUGGUAUUUCAGCUUAAUUUGAAAUACCUACAUGUGAAAAUUACAACCUUUUUCGGGUAGUCAAGUAUAAACAAAUAAUAGCAUGAUUUGUACAUGAUAUUUGGCAUAAAUACCACUCGUGAUAUUUCAAAAUUGUCUCAAAUUUCACUCACCUAACGGCUCGUGAAAUUACGUAAAAUAAUUUUGAAAUAUCACUCAUGGUAUUUAUCCCAAAUAUCACUACUAAUCAUGCUAUUACCUAUACUAAGUAGUGAUAUCUUCAUUAGUUUUCAACAAAUCACUUUCAAACUUAAUUAGCAAUUUUACUAAUUUCAAGACAUUCUUUCCAGUGGUGUCGACGGAUUUUCCCUAACCUGUCUUUAUCAAAAAAACGUUGGAGGGUUUAUUACAGUGUAACUGGGAAAACCGUGAACACUUGAAAUAUCUCAGGAAUGUUUAUUGUGUUAUGACCAAUCACAGCAGUGAUCAGGACGUAUGAACUAGCCACAAAACCACAAACUAAUUAAUGUUCUUGCGUGCGGUUCAGUUUUGUCACGCCUGAUAGGCUUUUUUCUUGCAACACAAUAAGAUUCCAGAAAUAUUUCUGGUGUUCAUGGUUUUCCCAGGAUAUUUGACUGUUAUUAACUAGAACUAGCCAUAGUUUCUUGGUUGUUUGACAGGUUACAGCCAGCAAAGAGGCAGUGAAAGCAUUCUGUGAUUCUUUAGCAAAGUUAGGAGACAUUUAUGUUAAUGAUGCGUUUGGCACUGCUCAUCGAGCUCACAGGUAAAUCUAUAUAAACAAUAAUGUCAAUAAUAUGACUGCCAAGGAAAAUGACUUUUGCCUGUCUCUUUUGUGGAAGGAACUGGAACCCGUUAGAGCUGUAAGGGACCUUAGUGUGAUGCUGGACUCUAAUUUAACAUUUAAUGAACAUAUUGUUUCUACACCAUGUCUUCAUGUAUGUCUCUAUUAGAUUAAAGGCUGAAUUAAUCACUGAUAAAAGUGCUUUGAUUAUUAUCAUAAACGCAUUAGUUUUUAGUAAGCUAUUUUAUUGCUCCUCGGUUGUGGCCACCCCUUCAGAUGAAUCUAAUCUGGACAAACUCCAAGCAGUACAGAAUUUCGCCUGUAGAUUUGGGAGUGGGGCUGGAAAAUUUGGUCAUAUACUCCCUUGUUAUUGGCUUGUGCUGGCUCCCAGUUAAGCAACAAGUUAGUUUACUUUCAACUUGCUGUUUUUAGUAGUUAAGUGCAUGAUGGCGAUGCUCCAGUGUACUUCACAUCUGAGCUCGUAAAAAGAUCGGCUAUCUUGACAGGGACAAUCAGGAACUCUAAAUAUUGUUAAACAUACCACAAUUCCGUACUGCUAGUGGCCAAAGGUCCUUUGAAUAUAGAGAGAUCACAUUAUGGAAUGAGUUACAGCCAGCACUCAAGUUGUGAAUUGUAAAUAAUAUUUUCUUUCCUUGCGUUUAAUGUAUAUAUAUAUUUUCUAUAUAGUUUUUAUGUAGUGUCAGCUCAAAGAUAUUAGCUUGUUAGCUACUCUAAAAUUCGAGUAUAAAUAAAGUUUUAUGUUAUGUAUGUUAUGUUAAGCUAAGCAAAUCAGUGACUAGUUUCAAGCGUCAACUUAUGUGACUACUUCUGGGCGACUCCUUUAGUUAGUUAACAAUUAAAUUAUUACUGGUAGCGUUGACUUUGAAAAGGCGCCCUGUGUAGUACGAGCCAAUGAAAUAUGUAACUAAGUAUGUAUGUAUAUUACACGCUCCGGACGCGCUGGCAUGUUUGUGUGUUAUACUGCUGUGUGCUGUAGUACUAAGUUUGUAGUUGCAGGUACACAAAAUCCUAUGGUCAUUUAUUGUUUUAUAAAAUCUUUUUAUUACCAAAAAUGAUAUAUUUUUUAUUUCUUCUUGAAAGUUGAUUUUAGCCUUAAUUUGUAUCAUGGAAGUGUUAAUUUAAUUUGUACAGUAUUCCUUCUUAGUGGCCAAAUUAAAUUACAACAUAUGCAUUGUUUUUGUAGCUCUAUGGUGGGUGUUAAUUUGCCUAAGAGGGCUGCAGGAUUUUUGGUGCAAAGAGAGCUGCUCUAUUUCUCAAAAGCAAUGGAAAGACCUGACAGACCUUAUUUGUUUAUCCUAGGAGGGUUGGUAUAUUAUUAUUUUUACCUAUAUACUGCUUGCAGUCCGCCUUUUCUCUUAUCAAAUCUGUCUAUUUCUCAUCCCAGCCAGUACGAUAAGUAGCGACUAGGACAAGACUAGAAAAGAUGACCUGUGAACUCUUUCAUAGUAAACCCCCCCUCAUCAGCCCAAAAACUGAGUAGCUGAUUGGUCAAUUUUACAGCUGUGGACAGAUCAUUGACAGGUCUGUGGGUAUAAGCCUGGUGUGAGAUAGCAAGGGAUAAAAAUAGUCGCACAAACAGGUCCGCCGUAACUAUGAACACUGACGAACCAAAAUGGUAAUUGCGUAAGGAUAUCUUCGUUAAGAAGAAUGGAACUUGAAACUGCUGAAAAUUUCCUUGAUGGAAAGGAAGUCGUGGCAAUCAAAGUUGUUCUUCUGGUAGUGCUAACUGUAUUCGCCAUAGGUUUCUGAUUACUUUAGUUUCUUACAGUAAAGCUUUGGGUAAGAAUACCUUUUCAUAUAGGAGAUAGUCUGUCAGUGCUCUUCCACUAUUUGUGCAUCAACUUUCACAAAUGUGUUAGCGUAGCAUUUAAAGGUUAAAUUUGACCAGCACUUUGUGCAGUGAGUUCUAAGGUCACUAUUGACUUCAAACUUGGAGAGAUAAAACUAGACUCCUCUGAGGCUUAUUUGCUGAAGUUAGGGAAAAAUCUGUCGUGGGAUUUCGAAGUUUUUACAUUUUUUGUAAAACUUUGGUUUUAAAUAUAUGCCGAUAUCUCAUACAUUUUUAUACCUACAAGAAAAUAGAUUAAUACCAUUUUCUUAAAAGUUUGACCAUUCUUUAUUAGGAAGGCCAAAAAUCAUAGAAAUUGGUCAAAUUGUGUCUGCCGUAAAACGUGAUUAAAAAAUAUAACCAUCACUUUAGUAUAUAAAUAAGUUCAGGUCAUGCAAUCACCUUAAGAAAACAUAAUCUUGCCAGCAGAUUUUUUAAAGAGGGGGGCUGUGAGUAUGACAGGUAUGAGAAUCAGUCAGUUGGCUAUUAGUUGUGCAUAAAACAAUAAUAAUUGUUUUAUGCACAUUAUUUACAUUUAUUCAUUACCUUUGGUGUGAAAAAGGGAUAUAAAGACCUGGGUAUCCUAGACUGUCUACAGUCCCCUAUUCUUCGGUAAGAUUCAGUCAAGUAGAGUGCUUACCCUUAGGGUGACAAGGGACAGUUCACCCACCGCCUCAGUACAUUUGGAACCAAGAUGGUUGCCCAUAAAAGCGCUUUAGUGGACAAUCUUACAGAAAAAUAGUGGACUAUGAACAUUGGAUGGGUAAUCAGACAAGUUUGAAAACUUCCCAAAGGCGAGGGGGCUACAACUCCCUCAAUCCUUCCCCUGGAUUCACCCAUGUGUAGGUAAAAUAUAAUGAUGUUGAGUGUAAUAUAAGAGAAUUCAAAGCCAAGUUUAUUAUGGUUAUGAUAUGUUUCUGAGUGCAAUCCUCUAGGACUUUACACUUCUUAUGUCCAUUUUUUUGUCCUAGAUAUUGGACUCUACAGCUUACUUUAUCCUUCAAAUAUGCAUUAUUUUUAUUACUAUUAUUAUUAUUAUUAUUAUUAUUAUUAUUUGACAAAAAAUAAGCAGCAACAUUAUAUAAUCAAGAAAAUGAUAAGUAUAGCCAUUAGAGCAACAUGUUACAUAUUUUGUUGUAGAAAUAGGAAUUGGGAUAGCCCAGACUUAAUGCAAUUUUGAUUUCUUUUCUUUUCUUUUUUCUUUCUUUCUUCUCUUUUUGAAUAAUCUUAUCUCAAGCAGCAUUUGUAAAUUGCCUAUACGAAGUGAGAUUUACAAUUGUACAUUAAAAACCACAAAUAAAGUUUCAAUUAUUAUUAUUCUUAUUAUUAUCUCUUUAUUAAUAAUAAUGUUAUUUAUUAUUAAAUAAUAAAUACCAGGUUUCCUUUGUGUUUGACAUUAUCUUAAAUAUUGGCAUCUGUGUGCUUAAUCACUGUAGGUCCAAAGUGUCUGAUAAAAUUGUGCUUAUUGAGAAUUUACUGGCUAAAGUGAAUGACAUGAUUAUUUGUGGUGGAAUGGCUUACACAUUUGUCAAAGUUCUUCAUAAUAUGGAAGUGAGUUGUAGUUUUGACCUUAAACCUCUUAGAAAGGUCUACUGAGAUAGGUUAAUGCAUUAUUAUCUAAUGGAAUACACUUAUCCAUGCAAACAGCAUUUAUGUUAAACACUUUGAGACACUUUUAAACAUAUAUUAAAUUUUGAUACUGAGGGAUUCCUGGUGCAGAAGCACUUUCUAAUCAGUAAUUGGUUUUAAGUAGGAUGAGCAUGAUCAUCCAGGUGAUCAUAACAGUGCCGUAGCCAGACCAAACGGCCAACUGAGGCAGGCGGGAGUUGCUAGGGGGGUUCGGGGGCAUGCCCCCCCCAUCACCAGAGAAAUUUUGAACUUUAGUCUCUCGGAAAUGCGAUUUGCAGCGUUUUCUGGGCCUUUCGCUAACUUUUUUUCGAGUUAAUUUAAGUGGAAUUUAAAAAGCAAUAAUCAGAAACAAGCUACAUAAUCUGGGUGACCGUUAACCUCGCCAAUGGUUUUGAUCAGUAUUUGUUCAAAAAAAAUUUGAGUUAACGUACGUAGCCCCUUGAGAUCGAUGAUAUGGUAAUUUUUUCAUAGUAUAUUGACUGAAUUGCUGAAUUCUUUGUAAUAUCAUGAUGCGUUAAAAAUAUCCGAUGAUCGCUUAUGUAAAAUAAAAAUGAUCGGCGAAAUUCGUCAAAAUUUUAGCGAGGCGAGUGCCUCGUUUGGCCUCAUACUAGCUACGGCGCUGCAUAACCCUGGAUAGGACAGUUGUUGACAGUGACUGAUGUUUCGACAAUCUGUGCGGUAGUCAUCUUCAGAGUCAAAGUGAGUUGUAUCACAUCAGUUGAUAGUAUUAAACUCUGGUUAUUGACCUGAUUGAUCAAUUAAGUCACAAAUAUGUUAUUGGUCAUCUGUCAGUUAAGCUGUGAUGUUAUUGGCUAUGAAGACUCGUAAUGUCAUUGGGGUGUUUCGAUCUGUCUAUUGUCACAGUUAAACAGUCGAUUAUUGUUAGUCAAUAACAUGCUCACCCUACUCAUGAAUUGACUUCUGGGUUCAAACCCUUUUAUAAUUGGCUUUAAAUAACUAGUUUUGGAGGCAUUCAUACUUACAGUGUCACGUAACUGUACCCUUAUUGGUGACUGGCUACAGUAAUUCUUUUUCAGAUUGGAAAGUCACUCUUUGACGAAGAAGGAUCAAAACUUAUCCAUAAGAUUUGUGAUAAAGCCAAAGAAAAGGGAGUGAAUCUCCAUUUCCCAAUAGAUUUUGUUGCGACUAGUAAAUUUGCUGAGGAUACUGAGGUGAAUGGUUAUUGUUGUUUAGCGUAGUGUUGAAUAGCCAAACUUGGUAAUGGCCAGUAUAAGAACAUCCUAGGGAUUGAACUGCAUGUAUCGCUGUGCAGUGUUACAUAUUAACUCCAACUCAAACAAAGAAUAUCCAUUGCCCGCAGUUAGAAAUAGCUAGUUGAGGCUAGCAGUGGUUACACGUAUUUUAUAUAAAUUGUGUAUAAUAUAAAAAAUAUAUAUAUAUCUAGCAGACGUUUUGAAAACCAACCUAACGAAAUUUGCCGUCAUUUGAGUGAAAAGGCAUCAAAAGGCAGGCUUUUUGGGCGUGAUAAGCUACAAAAUCACACCUAGUUUUUAUAAUGGGUACUUUGGAGAUGGUUUUCGGCUGAGAAAAAAAAGAAACAGUUAGACGCAAUUGGUCCAUUUGGCGGUAACGUUUUCAAAAAUCCGGCUAGAGAUAUAUAAAGCUCACAAGCAAGACUAGCACUAGCGAGAGAAAAGGCCGCUUGCUAGUACCUUGAGGCUAACGGCUUAGUGGAGGGUCAACUGUAUAAGAAGCCGAGUUUUCAAGAAUUUUUCGUUGUAAAGUUAGGUAAAUCAAUGUCAUCAUUCUCAUCUGAAUUUUUUUUGUGGUGAUUCUAUGUACACUGUACCUGGUUUAGUAGAUAUACUUGUGACUUGAGGACUUAGCAAACAUUAUAAGCUCAGCUAUUUUCUUUACUUUUACUUUUCUAAUCAGACAAAAGUCCCGUAAGUGGAAUUUUUUGUUUAUUAUGAUUAUAUUAUUAAUACAGACUAAGCUGACCAAUCUUGAAACUGGAAUUCCUCCAGACUGGAUGGUAAUUAUAAACAUUUCUUUACAUGUGGUUUAUUGUAUUCAUUUAGCAUCUACAUACAUAUAUUUAUAUAGUUGUUUCCAAUAAAUAACAUGUUUGUUAAGGGUAACUUUUGGCAUGGAUAGCGUUGUGUCCAAAUUAUUUUAUUUGUACUCUUAUUUGGCGAUAAUGCUCUCCGCUAUUCUACUUGAGUAUUCCUAAAGGUGUGUUAAACUUAAGGUAUCAGUAAAAAUAGGCUAACGACUGCAGCUUUUUCUAAAUCAGUCUAAGUACACAAUGAUCAACAUUUCUGUGCAUGAUUCUCUAGGCACUGGACAAUGGACCUGAAAGUAUCAAGAAAUUCAGGAAAGUGGUGAUGAAAGCUAAAACUAUUGUUUGGAAUGGGUAAGGCAAUGUAAAAUGUACAUGUGCAUCUUUAAUUUGAUAAAAUGCACUGUAGAUUGAUGACUCCAAUGAAUAGGAAGUACAGUACACGCUUUGUGGUUGGUCACUGUGUUUAUGUGUUUGGCCAGUGUUAGAGAACCAUAAUUCUACUGUUUAGCCAUUUCUUCUUCGACACCCAAUGCAAACCACUAGCCAUCUCGUGUUCUCUGAAUCCUUGUGUUAAGUCACACUCUUUUUUUUGCUCUCGUUUUUAUGGCCGGCGCUGUUUGCAUUUGGGCCAUGCAUGGGAGAGGAAAUAAAGCUUGGUCUUGUACAAUGUAUGUCAUUUGGUUAGAGGUGUGUAUGUGUAUUCUGCAGUCCACUAGGUUUGUUCCAAGCGUCAGCUAAAUUUGCAGGAGGAAGCAAAGGUAUUAUGGAUGCAGUUGUGGCAGCAACAAAAGCUGGUGCAGUGUCUAUCAUUGGUAAGUUACCGCCCAAGCAUAUAUUAGACCAUUUACAGUAUAGUCCAGACUAAGGACAAAGGAAGCGCAGCACUGAAGCAUACUUUAAUAUAUUUUCCCUUCAUUUCCUACUGUUCGCCCUUUCCCCCGACCUAAGCAACAAUCUUGGAAAAAAAUAUGUUUAGAAAAGUGGAAGUUGCAAUGUCUAGUAUCAAGUUAAAGCUCUUGAAAACACUGCAACUACAAUACUCCUCCCUUCCCGCCAAAAAAUAAUGUUGAAGUCGGCUGGAUCAUUUUUGACCAGGGUAGGGUGAGGGGAGGGGCCAUAGUGGUACCAGAUCCACAGGAAAGGCAUUCUACGGGUAAGAAAGGUAUAAAUUUUUAACAGGUUCUGUCCUUGAUUAGAGGUUGUGUAAGACACGGAUUUUAGUACUACCAACAGUAUGAAUCUGUUACAUUAAAUCCAUAGUUAAUAUCUUUGUUAGGUGGGGGUGCUACUGCGACAGUCUUUGUUAUGCACGGUACAGAAGAUCUGGUCAGUCACAUCAGCACUGGGGGAGGUGCUUCCCUUGAGCUUUUGGAGGGUAAAUAUCCUUGAUUUUGCAUCUAGAGUAAUUUAAGUGACAAGCCUCAUUGGACAUGUACGUACCUACAUAGCCCUAGUGAACAGCAGACAUUUUGAGACACCACCACUGGUUUCCCGCGAAAAGACGUCUCAGAAACGUGCGCAGAAAUUCCAUGCUUAUUACGUAUCACUACCCAGAUCUGGGUAGUGGCCCGUCUUUAGUAUGGAAUUUUUGCGCUUGUUUCUCAGACGUCAUUUCCCGGGGAAACCAGUGGUGACGUAGCGAAAUGCCGGCUGUUUUCUCAGGCUUAUUCCUACGGCAGAGAAGAAAUGAUCAGUCAUAUCAGCACUGGUGGAGGUGCUUUCCUUGGGCUCGUGGAGGGUAAUUAUCUUUGAUGUUCCACCAAGAGGAAUAUAAGACACAAGCCAAUUUCGGCGUGAUGUAGGUCCAUGGCUCAGUGAUUAGGGACGCAAGUCAGUGCAAGACUCGCACAUGCACAUAAAAUAUACUAUAGUAUAUGGCCUUGUUCUCCAUAAGUCUCUAUGUAGCUCAGUGAAUAGAGCACGUGCCCAUUGUUUGGGAAUCCUGUUCUACAAUCAUCACGUGCUAAUUAUUACACCUUUCUGACUUGUGAGUUGUAUGAUGAAUGGUAUGGAGUGAACAACCUUGUUCCCAGGCUCUCACUUGUUCCUAUACCUUACGCAGAAGUGAAGCUUAGUUUUUGUUUAUUUGAUUUUGUAGGUAAAACACUUCCUGGAGUGGCUGCCUUGACGAAUGCAUGACAAGUAAUCAAGACUAGUGAUAAAGACCUAAAGAAAUACCGUUUCCUUGUAUGUGUACGGUUGUAACCCGUGCGCGUGGCCGUAAAUACGGGUAAAACGCUUCUUACCCCGGAGAAACGGCCAAGCCAGCCAAGCUACAGGGUAGAAUGGCGAUGCCAUUGCCAUAUCUGGGAAAUCAUAGUCGCUUUUGAAAUAGACUCUCUUGGCUGGCACAAGUAGUGUAGAGUCAGAAGUUUACUUUUUUAAUAUUUCAACGUUGCAAACAUGUUCGCCUGCUCGUACCAGUUAGCAGAAACGGCUAUGUCUCGAAGAUAUUGCUGUUUUGCAUCACAAUUUUGUGCUAAAAAAUCAUUCCUUACUGCCUUAACCCAUACACAUAACGCCCCUUUAGAGUUAUGAAGGAGAUAUCAAAGAAAUUUCAUCAGAGAGAACUAACUGAAGUUAUGAAUAUAUGAAAAUCAUAUAUGAGAACUGCGGGGUGAAGAAUUAUAUGAAAAAAGAUCAUCGCAGUUAUAGACGCAACUUUUGCGGUUGCGGAAAAGGAAGCCUGAAAAAAAAAAUCCCGUACAGGCCUGAAUUUUUUCAGGUUUGCUUUUCGCAACUGCAAAAGUUGCGUCUAUAACUACCGUGAUCUUCUUUCAUGUAAGAGAACUAACUAUAACACUUCCUUGGUAAUUUUCACAGGCAAAGCUCUAAAACUUGAAAAACAUGGCGCAAUUUUUGUCAAGUUUCAAAGCCAUAUCCGUUCCUGCCAUCCGUUGCAACGGGUGCAACAGACGACAGGAAACAAUAUAGUCUUCAGUAUCAAAACUGGGUCUUUAUUUGUGGAAUUCAUUUGAACCGUUUAAGCUCUCUCAGAUAGCAAUGCUUGACAUAGCCCGUUUUUGGUCCCUAUUAGUCACCUUCUACGUCAGUGAGAAGAACUGUGGAAUGGAGAAGAUAGUUAGCAGAAGAGGUCGCAGAAGGCAUGUAUAGUGUAGCAAGUAUGGUAACUCCAAAUCCAUAGUUUUAUGAAAAGAAUAGUUGGACAUUUGGAAUCGUCCGGCUCCCUCAUGAUAUCACGGGGUUUCUAGAUUUUUAGCUAGUUUUUGAAGUCUAUUUAUAUAGGCUAGUAUAUAGGGUUUCUAGAUUUGUAUCAAAUUUUGUAAUUCUUUUGUAUGCAGCUGGUUCAAUAAACGUUGCUUUGGGCAUUGGGAUUGGGCAAUAGGAAG